AUGGUCACAACCAAGCCCGAAGGUCGGGCUGCUUCCUGGCCGGGGUUAAACCGCGAAGUCUCGGCAUCUAGAUAUGACGGUUCAUACAAGAGAAGCGUCUCCUCAUAUAUAUCUAUCUGUCUCAGUUGCUAUCUACCUAUCUAUCUACCUCAGUCUCUUCAUAAUCUAUCUAUCAAUCUCAGCCUCCUGUUUAUAUCUAUCUAUUUAUCUAUCUAUCUAUCUCAGUCUGUAUAUGUCUAUCUCAGUCUGUUUCUAUCUAUCUAUCUAUCUAUCUCAAUCUCUUACUAUCUUUCUACCUCAGUCUCUUCAUAUCUAUCUAUCUAUCUAUCUAUCUAUCUAUCUCAGUCUCUUAAUAUCUAUCUAUCUAUCUAUCUAUCUAUCUAUCUCAGUCUCUUAAUAUCUAUCUAUCUAUCUAUCUAUCUAUCUAUCUAUCUAUCUCAGUGUGUUCAUCUCUCUCUCUCUCUCUCUCUAUCAUCUGUUCUCUCUCUCUCUCUCUCUCUCUCUCUCUCUCUCUCUCUUCUCUCUCUCUCAGUAUUUUCAUAUCUAUCUAUCUAUCUAUCAAUCUAUUUGCAUCUUAUAUAA